AAACUGGGCGAAGCAACCCCGUGUGCUGCUGUUUUUCGUUGAGUUUUCCACUGAAUUAGAGCCAUCGUUCUGUGUUGUUAUCGUUAACGCCGCCUUCGCCACCGUGGAUUGCCGUUUCUCUUGGAUUCCGAUGAGCUAGUGGGGAGUCGGGGCUCACUCAGUUCUAUAUCAACUGAAGGACCGAGUGACUGACGGACGGACUGACUGAGGGUCUCUUUGUCUCCGAUCAGUGUGUCGUGCAUUGGAUUCGAGCCGAGUCUCGUCGGCCAGUCGGCCAUCUGAAUGGUCAAACUUCUAUUGGAUACUCCGAGCAUGAAGCUCCAUCGGUCGACAACAGGACCCAGUGUCGACAAGCGCCGACCGAGCUUCUUCGUUUUCUUAUAAUCAGCACUGGGAUCAGUAGUCCUAUAAUCCAUGCUUCUUAGAGGAGGUGAUUAGUCCAUGCACCUCGGGGGGCUCGCUUCAAGAAGGAGAGAAUCGAAACGGCAUUCUCAGUCUGAGGUCCUCCGAAAAUUCGCUUGCUCAAGCUCUGUGAUACCUCGUGCCGACGUUUACAAGUAUCUGCACAGGAUAUAGGAAGGGAUUACGCUGAUUUUGAAGGCUCAGACAAAUCACAUGACAAUUGGAUGAAGACGUUCUCAUGAAUCCAACCCAACGACAUACAUAGAGAAAUGGCGCCCACCCACGUGUCCCUUGGCCUCUCGGGAUCCUUGGAACACCAAGAAGAGUCACCGAAAUGGGAGUACUUGAACUCCACGCGUCAACACAUCACCGAGAAGCUCAAAAACAAGGACUCCACUAUACAGUAUCAAGGUCUCGAUAGCCUAAACAGUGGAUCAUCAGGGUCACCAUGUGGUUCACCUUCGUCCACGAUAUCACCUCUACACACGUCAUCCAAUUCAGCCGCAGCACAAGCCGGCAACCCGAACACGUUCACGUACUCGACAGCGGACCUCACGGAUUGCAUGGUCCUCGGCAGUCGGUGGUCGUCGAAUCGUUUCUGGUGUUUUGGCCUCACGUUGGACGAAGUCAUUGCUGAAGAUGGCAAAAAAUGGGUUUUUAUAAAAAGAAUUGUGCCGCGAUCGGCGGCCGACCGAUCCCUUUGUACGCAGUUAGACGUCAUCUAUUCUGUCAACGAUCAGGGAGUAAAGUACAAAUCGAAAGAACGCGUUCGGGAGCUGAUCAUGGCUUCCGGGGAGAACCUCUAUCUCAAAGUGGUCACUGCCAACCCAUUGAGAUUGGCCAACACGAGAAAGGACAUGCUCCAAGUGAUCGAAAGACACGGUACCGUUACCUUGGAAGCUUACGGAAAUCCGUCCUAUUGCGGGCUGCACGUCGACGUAGGCUUCAAAUAUAUCUCUACGCUGACAUACAGCGCGGAACUCAGGAAAUUCAUAACCAUCUACGUUAUAAGCGAGGUGGACGGUCGUCGUUACAUGGAUUUGAGCCAAAAACAGUGUUUGUUCAUGGGCGAUGUCCUUCUAUGCGUGAAUGGAAACAGCGUCGUGGACGUGUCCCGGAGCGCCGUAUCGAAGCUCAUGAGAGAAUACGAUCGGUUCACGAUCAAAAUUGCUGCGAUGUCGGUUCUUCGUCGAGAAGUCAUCAAAGAUGACGUACGGGUGAAGCGUCGUCAGCUGGAAGUCUGCGAUCUGGAGGAUCGAGGUCAUACUUUGGAUAUGACCGAGUUCCACAAUCGUCUUAACUCGAACCGUGCCAAACGGUGAAGCAUAGCCUUCCGUACGUCGGACAAUACUCGUCUCCUCACAACGAAAUCUUGACGACCCCGUGGACGUCGAUCCGUCACUCGCGGAUUGGUGCUGAGCUUCUGCUCCGACGCACUGCGAACGGCAUAUGAGCGGAAGAAUCCGACUACGGUGUGAAUAUUCCCAAUAAUAAUUUCGAUGCCGAGUUAAUCGUGUCUGAUGAUGGAGAAGGGACGGCGACGGAAGCAACUUUUGAAGGAACAAGAAGAGAGCUCAACAUGGCGAAGAGUCUUCGAGUCUGAUGAUUCGGGCGUAGUCCCUACCGGAAGAUAGUGGAGUCGUGUCGAUUUGUAAAGCGUCAGGAUCGCUGUCCUCCGAUGGGUUUCAACGUUCUUGACACGUGCGGUUGUACAAAAUAUAACCAGCCUCUCGCACAGGAUGAUCAAUGGCUGUCACGUUUUCUGAGCAAGCUCGACACUGAGGGGAGCGUUCUCUACAAUUCUGAAAUUUUGACGGUCACUCAAGUCUCCUCUUUAUUCUGAGAUCAGUGACGAAGCUCUCCGACUCCUCCGCCAAGCUCAUCCGCGACCGGGGGUAAUCGUUUUCGACUAUCCCGAUGUCUGUACGCUUCCUGAACGCAACAUGUACAAAAAUGUGACAGAAUACUUCGAGGAUAUGCAGAUGAUAAUCGCUCAGGGUGGUCGAAGGGGUGAAAUACAUAGCGACAUGGAAGUUUUCACUCAAACAUAGUACAUAUUUAUUUUCGAAUUCAAGAGACGAAAUGGCGGGGAGAAGCAUGGGAUGAAGCGGAAGUGAGUUUUAGAAAUGUAGAAACCGACAACGUCACCUGUGAACAAGAAAGAACGAAAAAAUACAGACGGACCCUAUGCAGAGG